UAAAAUACAUUAGGUGGUACGUUCCGGUUUCGAAUCGAUGCUCAAAUCUACUAAAAGUUUCCAACUGCGACGCGCGGAUAUAAAUCCACUGAAAAUACGAGAAAAUGGUUUGACUCGAUGCUAAUUUAUUACCGCAACGCUUGGGUGCCAACCAAAUUGUUACAAAACUCGAACCGAACUCACAAAGACAUCAUUUCCCGAUCGGAAUUUAUAAGGUAUCGGGUUUUGUGUUCUCCAAACGGCCACAAAUAAAAUCCUCAAAUUGCGAACAUCGACAAAGAGUGAAUUAUUCUCGUGGUUUUAUCCAAACUUUUCAUAUUUGCACAGUAAAAACUUUGCAAGAUAAGAGGGUUUUUACCAGCAGUUUCUUGUUUUGGUGGCCACAAAGCAACGGAAAAUGAAGCAAAAGUUGCAAAAAUGCUUGUGUUUUUCCAAGGAUUUGACGUUGGCGACGAGACUUAUUGCUUUCAUAGGAAUUGCUGUCUCAGUGUUGUUGAUAACAGUGCUGCUAAAUGAUUUGUCGGCAAAAAAAUUUAAUAUUAGUAGAAAUGUGGCCCUAGCUUUAGGACUGGACUGGAGACAUAUCGAUUAUCGAGCCAAUGCUUCCCCAAAAUCUGAUCCAGAAGGUGCAAUUUGGGAGAAAUUCUGGUUGGCAAUACCUUGGCUCAUAUGCGAACUCCUUGGUUGCAUUUCUAAAUUUUCAGCUUUAAUUUUCCACUUAAUUACCGAAAAAGACAAUUUGAGUCGUCUUUUUCUUAUAGGUUCCACCAUUUACAUUCUGGUAAUGAUUUGGUGGUGGCUUGUUGUCUUUACUGCUCAAAAAACAUGGCAAGAGAAAAAACACCCAAACUCGGAAAUUUCGUUUUCCAUAAACGAAACCGGCACCGGAUUUAAUUCAAUUUUGUUAAAUUCUCCCGAACCGUACCAUGCAAAUCGCUUAUACACCACUAUUUAA